AUGUGGGGUCCCGUGUUUCCCGCCGUCAUUUUAGGAGGCGCCGUCUUUUACGUAGUUAAGCGGCUCGCCAGGCCGCGAAAGGCGCUGAGUCUCGAAUGGGAGACCGGUCGGCGGAAAGCGCGGCAGCCGCACAAGAAGCCUCCCUCGUUCUACGCUGCUCAAGGCGUGGCUUCUUCAGAAGAGUAUUUCAUAAACUCGCGGGGAGUGGAGCUGUUCACCAAGGAGUGGCUGCCCAGUGACGGCCGGUUGAGGGGCGUGGUGCUGUUCUGCCAUGGGUACGGGGAGACGUGCACGUACAUCUUUGAAGACGUGGCGGUGAUGCUGGCAGCAGCAGGCUACGCCCUAGUGGGAGUUGACUACGAGGGCCACGGGCUGUCAGCCGGACGGCACGGGUACAUCCGCAGCUUCACUCGCCUGGCAGACGAUGUGAUUGAGUUUGCUAAUCGGUUGAGAGCAAGCCCGAGGUUCUCCCAUCUGCCGUUUUUCCUCUACGGGGAGUCCAUGGGAGGGGCGAUGGCGAUUCAAGUGUCACGAAGAGACCCCACCCCGUGGAACGGAGCAGUGCUGGUGGCGCCCAUGUGCAAGAUGUCUCAAGAGCUGAUCCCCCCUGCACCAGUGAUCUUCGUCCUCAAAUGCCUUUCAUACAUCUUCCCCACCUGGAAGCUGGUGCCUGUCAGCGCCAACCCUGACGUCUGCUUUCAGGUGCCGGAGAAGCGGGAGAGGGCGGAGAAUCACCCCUUCGCAUAUCAGGACAAGCCCCGCCUCGCCACGGCGCUGCAGUUGCUCCGCACCACCCAAGACAUCGGCGCACACAUGGAGGAGGUCACCGUCCCCCUGCUCAUCCUGCAUGGAGCAAAGGACGUGGUGACCGAUCCAGCAGCCAGCCAGGAGCUCUUCAUUCGAUCUAGCAGUGCAGACAAGGAAAUCAAGAUGUACGAGGGGUGCUGGCACGCCCUCACAUGCGGCGAGCCUGACGAUGUCAUCGCCAGGGUGGUGGGGGAUAUCAUUGCCUGGCUCAACGCCAGGAGCUUGCCGCCCGGUGGUGUGCCGCCCGGUGCUGCGUUGGCUGGUUCUGUGCCGCCCGGGGUGGUUGAGGCGGGUGGUAUGGGCGAGGUGGGGGAUUCUGGAGCGGAUGAUGAGAUGUCGAGGGAAGAUGCUGGGGAUGGUGGCGGGGACCCCCCAGUUGUGGGGGAGUUUGGUGGGGUGGCUGCGGAUGGUGCUGGUGCUGGUGUUGGCGCAGGGGGGGUGUGA